AUGAAGCCCUUUCCCGCCUUUUUAACAUUGUUCCUAGUUGCGCUGUCACCGCUCACUACCCCGUCCCAGAGUGCUGGGGAUGAUGUGCAACACAACCUAUUUAGUUGGAGUUCUGCGGACAAUAUGACAGAUGGUGAUGUUGGAAGUGCUCGAGUACCCGAAGAAGAAGAGAAAGAGCGAACUUCCGUUAGCAAUGAGUCAAAGGAUGCGCAGUGUAAAGGAAAAUACGGUCUUUACUCACACUAUGUCUUGGGUCAUAACCACUGUUCCUGGGAACCUCCGUAUGGCGUGGCAAUGUCGCCAUUGUAUCUCCCUCCAGAUAUCAGUGCAGACGCGGAUCGCUGUUCAUUUAUGUGGCUCUUGCGUGAAAUGUUGUUCACAGCAAGCAAGGAAGGCAUAGCACUCGUACCGCAUAAUGUGAAAAGGGGAGAUUCAACACCUCUACAAUGCGGUCGUGUGGCAUUACACCCGUGGAUCGUUGUCCGUGGCGAACCUAAAGAAUGGGGACCGAUCCGAGGUGUGUCUACGCACAAGGUGAUGGUCAGUUCUGAUCCUAGUGACGGAACUGACAUGCUUUGGCCCCUCCUCCUCCUUGUUUCGUUAGGUGUGCUCGCCGCGUUUCUGCUUUUAAUACUCGUUUUUAUGAUGAAGACUAUACGCGGUGGAACGCUGCUGGAGGAGCGAACCACGUCUAUGACUGCUGCAUCUCCAGAUGAGAAUGACAAGAAACUGCACGACAAUGGAAGUGUGACCGAAUGCCGGUCUGUUAGAGAGGGGAAAGGAAAUGAAGAGGAUAAAGAAGGAGGACGUGAAGGUGAAAAGGAGGAACAAAUAGAAAAGAAUGAGAUUGGAGAAGAGGUAGUUGAAGCCGAAACAGCGUCUGAAGGGCACACGAGCGAGAUUACCGCCCUUCACUCGCUUUCAGGGUCAUGGCACAGUGAAGGCAGUGAUCAGCUGCUUACUUCAAACGACUCUCCGUUGCCGCAGCCUCCCAUCGAGUUGGUUGCAUCCCCACUUGAGACUCCAAAGGAGGGGGAUGUAAAGGCGCCGCAUGGACACUUAUGA